GUAGCUGACCCGGAAACAGGGAAGCGUUGUCUCCAACAGAAACAGGGCCGAGUCUGUUCCUUGUUUUCUCUCCGGAGAGGACACUCUCACAACAUUUCACGCUCCUAGAAGUCACAGAGCUGACUGAGGAGGCGGACAGCGCCACUGGGUUAUUAUUAAACUAGGAAAAUGGGCUCAAAUCGGUCGUGUCCGCGCAGUUUGUUGAAUUGUCUGCUAAUCUGCGUCACUUUGUGGAGCUACCUGAGCAGCGGGGUGUUUGCCAAAUCAUACCGGAGACCGAACAUUGUUUUGAUCCUCACCGACGACUUGGACGUCGCUAUCGGUGGUCUGAAUCCACUCAGCAAGACGAAAAAGCUAAUUGGUGAUGCCGGGAUAUCUUUCUCAAACGCAUUUGUUGCCAGCCCGCUGUGCUGCCCCAGCCGAGCCAGCAUCCUGACGGGGAAAUACCCGCACAACCACCACGUCAUCAACAACACGUUAGAGGGGAACUGCAGCAGCAAAGCCUGGCAGAAGAGCGAGGAGGCGCACACCUUCCCCGCCCUGCUGAAGGCGAGCGCUGGCUACCAGACCUUCUUCGCUGGGAAAUAUCUUAACCAGUACGGGCACUCGGAGGCUGGUGGGGUGGAGCACGUUCCUCCAGGCUGGAACUUCUGGGUCGCACUGGAGAAGAACUCUAAAUACUACAACUACACGCUGUCAGUGAAUGGAAAGCCUCAGAAACACGGAGCAGACUACAGCAAAGACUAUCUGACAGACGUGCUGGCCAACAUGUCUCUGGAGUUCCUCCAGUAUAAAUCAAACUACCAGCCGUUCUUCAUGAUGGUUUCCACGCCGGCCCCUCACUCCCCCUGGACGGCAGCUCCUCAGUACCAGGGCAGCUUCAACAGCACCAAAGCUCCCCGAGACCCGAACUUCAACAUCCACGGGAAGGACAAGCACUGGCUGAUCAGACAGGCUAAAACCCCCAUGGCCAACUCGUCUGUGCAGUUUCUGGAUGAUGCUUUCAGGAAACGGUGGCAAACUUUGCUCUCUGUGGACGACCUGGUGGAGAAAAUAGUGAACCGGCUGAAGGUCAGCGGUGAGCUGGACAACACGUACAUCUUCUUCACGUCCGACAACGGCUACCACACAGGUCAGUUCUCUCUCCCUCUGGAUAAGCGGCAGCUCUACGAGUUCGACAUCAGAGUUCCUCUCAUGGUCAGAGGACCGAACAUCAAGCCCAACCAGACCAGCCAGAUGCUGGUGGCGAACGUCGACCUCGGUCCGACCAUCCUGGACAUCGCCGGCCUCAACGUCAACAAGACGCAGAUGGACGGCAUGUCCUUCCUGUCUGUGAUGGAGGGGAAGGUGAACAGCAGCAGCUGGAGGACAGACAUCCUGGUGGAGUAUGAAGGAGAAGGCAGUAACGUGUCGGACCCCGCCUGCCCGCUGCUGGGGCCGGGAGUGUCGGAGUGUUUCCCAGACUGUGUGUGUGAGGACUCGUACAACAACACCUACGCGUGUGUGCGCACAGUCGCCCCCUCUGCCAACCUGCAGUACUGCGAGUUCGACGAUAACGAGGUGUUUGUAGAAGUCUACAACGUGACAGCUGACCCGUUCCAGCUGACCAACAUCGCAAAGACCAUCGACCAGGAAGUCCUGGAGAAGAUGAACCACCGGCUGAUGAUGCUGCAGUCCUGCGCCGGACAGUCGUGUCGGACGCCCGGCGUGUACGAUCCGAGGUACAAAUUCGACCCUCGACAGAUGUUUACGAGCCACAGCUGGCGGCUCAGCAGACUCAGACAGAGGAUGAAGUAGACGGAUGAAGGAGGAGGAGACGGAGGAAGAAGGGCUGUGUUGUAUUUUGUAUUCAGCCUUUCCUGCUGUUGUUGCCUUGUGUUCAGGCCUCCGGAGCCAGUCUCUUUGUCGACGGAUGGAGAAGGGAUCAGGUGGGGCGGGGUCAUAAUUUUGGGAAUAGGUGGGUUGCCGUGGAGACGGGAGGCCUCUCUGGAUGCAGGACCCACCUUCAAAACUUCCAGUUUGGGCGGCUGUUUAGUGAGUUUGCCAAUAGGUGUGCGAGGAAAACCAGAUAAUUCAGGACAGAUUCACACUCACAGGACAAUAAUUCAAAUCCUGGAAGAAAAAAACACAACACAUUUCUGAUAAAUUCAUGGUUUUUUUUCCCUCUCUGCUCAGAAUAUCGUCAUAUCAGUGAUCCAGUUCACGAAAGUUCUUCGGUGCAUUCAGGUGGUCUCCAAGAGGGUGGGAAUUUUAAUGUUCAUCACCAAGAUUUGCACUCAGAUUGUUGAGAACGUGAUGAACACGAGUGAUUUCCAUCCAACGCACAGAUAACUUUUAACAUUUCCUGUAGCUCGGUUUUGAUCCAGAUGCAGCGCAAUUUCUGAACAGAUUUUAAGAAAGUACGAAGUAGAAAAUGCAGAGGGACGUGUUUCCAUUCACCAGUUGUUCUUCAGUCUAAUGCAUUUAAAUUUCAAUGCAAAAUAAAUACACCAACAUUUUCUGCCUCA